CAGAAAAAGACACCUAUAUUCUGGGGGAGCAGGGAAUUCUAAUUGCCCCCCAGCACAAUCCACUUGCCCCUUUGAUGUUCCAGGCAUAAAACAUGAGAUUUUCUAAUUUAUACAAAAGAAACCCAACUCGGGCCAAAGUAACCUGCUUUCAAAAACAAGCAUAUCUUUAAUCCAAAUAAUGGAAGCAACUUUCAAAGGCUUCUUCGACUCAGAGGGCCUGAGUUCUCUUUGCCUGUGUGUAGCACUUCCGCCUACACAGAGUGCUGGCAGCUUGGGAUGGUCCUGCUUUACAUUCACUUUGUUCAGCAGAGAGAUGCCUAUAUAGAGAGAUGCACCAGGCAAGAGAGAAUUGGUCUCGCCAGUUUUAUACUCGACAUGUCAACUUUAUUUCCAAGUGACACAUCUGAUCACAGACUUCGCCAAGUUUAGCCUGCUCUUGGCCUGAGAAGCACAGAGCACGCAACUCCAAACUUUUAUGACGCAUUUCUUUUUACAACUGAACAGCCCUCCUCUGGCAGAAUACAGUGAAUCUAAGUCCUGUUAGGAGACUGGGACUGGCUAAAAUAACUGCACUGUUAUCAAAAAAAGAAGUAAUCACAGAGAACAGAUCUUUGCUGAGAUCUCCUUGUCCAGGACUUCCAGGAAGCGCAAUCUUCACAAAAAUGAUAGCACAAUUAAUGUAAUUAGUCUCCCGAGUUUUCCUCUGCAGAACAUUCAGGAUCUAGAAAAGAUUUGAUUCCAAUCCUGGCUGUGGCUCUGCUUUGCAAUAGGACUAGUGAAACUAUGGAUACUGGAUUAACAGGAACUGGCCCCUCUCAGAGGGAUUCUCUGCAUAUUUGUUUUGCUAAGAGAAAUAAUCUGAGCUCCAGGUUUUUAUUCUGAUCUCGAACAGCUGCACAAACUGAAAGUAAAAAGUGCAUAGCAACAAUGGCAUAAGAGCGCAGCAGUUUUCCUGAGAUAGUGCAUCCACCUCCAAGGUAUCUUUGGUUCAAAACGCUGCUCUGAUGUCUACAGAAGAACACAGUCCUGUCUAGACACUGAAUCAAACACUGAGCUUGGAAUACAAUCCUUGAUGGGGCCUCCUUCUGAGCAGCUGUGGCCAUUGAGAAAAACAAUAACAGAAUGGGAAGGCACGGCAGGAAUGACUGAAGCUGCAGGAGGAGCUGGUAUCCAUUAUAACAGGCCUUGACCACCAGUUGGCACUCUCUGUGCCUGGCAGCGCAGCAUGAUUAGAAUUGGGAAGAAGAGACUUUGGGCAUCUUUCUUCUGCUUUACGGCCGUCUUUUUUCUUCUUGUUACACUCCAGGUGGUUCUUGAACUGGGCCAGUCUGAAAGGAAGAUAAAAGUCUCCAGUUUACAAGAUGGUUCAUUAAAACUGGAGGAGCAACAGAAACAUGCAUAUCAGUUUUUUAAUAAACAGGAACUCUACAGCAAUACCAGGAGAGUUUUAGAUGCGGACAGAUACCCUAUCCUGCUUUGGUGGUCCCCGCUGACUGGCGAGACUGGGAGGUUAGGUCAGUGUGGACAGGAUGUCUGUUUCUUUACUAUCAAGAGGACCUACCAGCAUAAUCACAUGACAAGAGCCUUUCUCUUCUAUGGUACUGACUUUAAUAUAGAUAGCUUACCCCUCCCUCGUAAACGCCAUCAUGACUGGGCCCUUUUCCAUGAAGAGUCACCCAAAAACAACUACAAGCUCUUCCACAAACCUACCAUCACCUUGUUCAACCAUACAGCUACCUUCAGUCGCCACUCCCAUCUGCCGCUGACUACUCAGUAUCUGGAGGGCAUAGAGGUCAUAAAGUCUCUGAGAUACAUGGUUCCAUUGCAAAAGAAGAAUAGCUUGAGAAAAGGACUUGCACCACUUGUGUAUGUGCAGUCCGAUUGCGACCCUCCUUCAGACCGGGACAGCUAUGUGCGUGAGCUGAUGAGCUACAUCCAGGUGGACUCCUAUGGUGAAUGCUUACAUAACAGAGACCUUCCCCAGCACCUCAAAAACCCAGCCUCCAUGGACGACGGUAACUUCUAUAGAAUACUUGCUCAGUACAAAUUCAUUCUUGCUUUUGAAAACGCCAUCUGCGAGGAUUACAUCACUGAAAAGCUUUGGAGGCCCCUCAAAUUGGGAGUGGUACCAGUGUAUUAUGGGUCCCCUAGCAUUACGGACUGGCUUCCUAGCAAUAAGAGUGCAAUCCUUGUAACAAGAUUUUCACAUCCCAGGGAGCUGGCACACUACAUCAAGGCACUGGAUACAAAUGACCAAGAGUAUGAGGCCUACCUAGAAUGGAAAGUGAAAGGGGCCAUCUCCAAUCAACGACUGCUCGCUGCUAUCCAAGAACGCAAAUGGGGAGUCCAGGAUAUCACGCAGGACAAUUAUAUUGAUGUGUUUGAGUGCAUGGUGUGUAAUAGGGUGUGGGAAAACAUCAGAAGGCACAAAAAGGGAUUGUCACCCAGGAGAUGGAACGCACAGGUUAACCACUUGAGCUGCCCGAAACCUGAGGCUUUCUUGUUCUCCUCUCCAAACAUACGCUGGACAUCUCUGCAAGAGAUGUGGAUACCAAGCUUUGAACAAUCCAAGAAAGAAGCCCAAGCACUGAGACAGCUGGUGGAAAGGAAUAUGAACUUUACAGCUCAGGAAUUUUGGACACUUGUAUUCAAAGAAGAAACAUGAUAGGCUAUCACACAGAGUGAGCUCCCCAAAGCAGUCAGUUAUGUAAUAUUCUUUUGCACAAUGUCUUAACAUUUGUAGGUCAGUAAGUACAGCAAGGAGUUAAAUUGUCCUGUAAGAUAGAAUGUAAUAGGUACAGUACUCAGUAAGUACUGAUAAACUACAGAAUUACCCUCAGCGAUCUUUAAAAAACUGUAUUUUUGUACUAAUUGUCAUUAGCUUGGACAUUUGAGCAUUAAGACCCCUGCUCAGGAAGGUUCUUAAUUCACAUGCCUGAUUUUAAGCAUAUGAGUAGUCCCAGUGAAGCUAAUGGGACCAUAGUCACUUGCUUAGUAUCAGGGCCUUCCUUGCAGACCUAGCAGAAUCAGGCCCUUUGCCUUCUCUGAUCCAAGCUCCCACAUCGUUGGGUUGACAUUCACAGGCUAUGGAAUAGUUUAUACAAUCACAUAGGUAUCACCUCUGUGGCAGAGUGCCUUUGAGGCAGGUGUAGCGAUCAGGCCUGCUGCUCAGUAUGUCUAUUUAUCAUCAGUCCCCUUGGCAUUCACAGUUUUAGUUGAGACUUGGCAAGCUAAAAUGUCCUGAGGCUGAGUAGGAAUGUAAAAUGCAUCAGUAUUUAGCACUGGGAAACUCCAUCUGCUACGGGGACAGAAAGAAGGAAAAUUUCUGGGUAAGAUUUAAUCACCAUCUCCUGUUUAAAACAUAGAACCGUAUGAAUUUUUGCCCUCCAGGGAGGUCACUCCAGACUAAAUAAUUCUGUUUAUUCUGUGAUAAUCUAUUUUCUUUCACAUAGACAAUAAUAGCCACACAAAGAUGAAAGGCUGCGAUUGGGUGAAGCAGGGAUUAAAUGAAGGGCCUGAUCCUGCUGCAAAGCCUUACCUAUGUCAACACUAGAAAUGCUACAGCGGCACAGCUGCAACAGAGCUGUCACAGAGCCGAAGUGCCUAGCCCUCUAUAGGAACAAACCCAUGAAGCAUAUCGGAUCUCAAUGGGUAUGUCUACACUGCAAAAAUAACGCUCCCAAACCAAACCAAACCAAAACUGUGCAAUGAGUCUCAGAGCCUGAGUCAACUGCAGGACUUGCACUAUGGGGCUCAAAAUAGCAGACAAGGUGUUCCCGCUCAGUCUGGAGCCCAGACUCUGAGACCAGCCCUGUUGCAUGAGCUCAAGUCAGUUGCCUCAGGCUCAGACUGGUUGCCUUGUUUUUGGUUUGCCUUGUAGACGUACCCUUACAUGCAACCUUCAAAAAAUUGCCCGUUUUACCUUUUAACAUGACACCAACAGCUGUAAAAUAUUGCUUUGUUUUCUUUCUCUCUCUCUUUUUUAAGAAGCUGUGAGAGGGUUAAUGCUGGAAUGAUCAGGCCAUCUGAGAGCGAUGAACUAAGCAUACUGUAGGAGAACAAUGGAGCGACUAACUUAGAAAUAUUACACUGAAUCAAUGACUAAGAAAGUAAUUAAAGCCAUCCAAUAUAAGAAUGACUGUGUUCAGCUCAGUGCAGCAUGGGCCCUGGUCACACUGCAGGUGAAUGACCGGGCUCUUUUCUGCACACAGGAUGCUCAGACAGGGUGACACCCACUGGAAAUUCAGCCAAAUAAGUUCUCGUGCGAGGCAUUAGAGAAAGCUGCAGAGGGAUCUUGAAGGUGAUAGGUGCUGCACACUUACCAUGUGUGUGAUGCCUUUUACCAGUCAUCGGCCCUGUGUCUGCCUGCCAAGAAAUAUGGUGAUAUAGUGAGUGGUCUCCCAUCUGCCUUUAUGGCAGUGGAUUGGGAAGAACAGCACAUAGGGCAUCUCUGUUUGGGCCUUAAGACAUUGACUGUCCACCCCAACACACUCCUUCUGUCUGCUGUCCUGAGCGAUGAAGUACAGCCAGGGUGGAUAAAAAUAUGUGAUUUUUAAAAAAAAUCGGAUUUUUUAAAUUUAAAUCGGUUAUUUUUGAUAAAAUGCUUUUUGAGGAAAAAAUGUAUCUAAAGAUAGUUUUAAGAUACAUUCUAGCUCAAAGAUAUUUCAUCAUGGAAUAGGGAUUAUAAAUUCUAAUUCUGUAGUUUACACAAUAUAUUCAUAUAAUGUUUAAGAAAAGUUUUGUAAACGAGUUCCAAUAGUUCAUGGAUUAGAGACCCAAUCUUAAGGGGUUCCAGGGUCUUCCGUAUAGAUUAUUUUGGUUAAUCUUUCUUUCUAUCUACCCAAUGGGACUCAGUGCUGUGUCUAGAAGAUACCAUCAGAGAUGCUUAGCUUUGCAGUUCUC